AAUGAAAAGCGGUUUUGUAGAGAAAAGGUUUCAUAGUACCUACCAUAUAUAGAGAGAGAAGAGAGGCAACUUUCCUUAUGUAGAAGACGACUGUUAUCUCAAUCGGGAAACCAGAGAUACAUACACAUAUAGAUAUAUAGAGAGAGAAAGAGUGACACAUAAAGUAGAGAGAGAUCAAAGGAAGACGACGACUGGUUGAUUGCUUUGGUCAAGCGUCCUUUUGUCUGCAUCAGAAAUUCACCCUCAAAGGAUCGAUUGGUAGGUAUGGGGAGGGGUAAGAUCGUGAUUAGGAGGAUUGACAAUUCGACGAGCAGACAAGUGACGUUCUCGAAAAGGAGGAGCGGAUUGCUAAAGAAGGCGAAAGAACUUGCGAUCUUGUGUGAUGCUGAAGUCGGUGUUAUGAUCUUCUCUAGCACAGGCAAACUUCAUGAAUUCUCCAACACUAGCAUGAAGUCGGUGAUUGAUCGAUACCACAAAGCCAAAGACGAACAACAAAUGACAACUCCAAUUUCAGAGGUCAGGCUGCAGAUGAAGGAGGAAAAGUCAGAAACAAAAGCAUCCAAGAGGCGGAAGGACUCUGAGACUUUCCCAUUGAAAAAUAGAACCACCAAGACCAAAGCAGAAGGACCAAGAAUCUGCAUGCUUCAUGGGCAAGGGGCAGAUUCGGAAAAUCUGCAGUCGCAGUUCUGGCAAAGGGAGGCUGCAAUGUUAAAGCAACAACUGCAGAGUCUGCAAGAGAAUCAUAGGCGAAUGAUGGGUGAAGAGCUUUCUGGUUUAAGUGUGAAAGAUCUACAGGGCAUGGAGAGCCAACUUGAAAUGAGUCUCAGAGGUAUCCGUAUGAAAAAGGACCAACUUCUUUUUGAGGAAAUCGAAGAACUCAGCCGAAAGGGGAAUCUCAUCCACCAUGAAAAUGUCGAACUUUGUAAGAAAGUAACCCAAAUUCGUGAAGAAAAUACCGAACUCUACAACAAGAUUUAUGGAAUAAGAGAUGGAGAAGCAGCAAACAGAAAUGUAUUUUUGACAAAUGGUUCAAGCAUGAGAGAGGAUCCACAUCCCCCAAUCCAUCUCCAGCUUUCUCAGCCAGAUCAACACGAUGCAACUGAUCAAGCACCACUCCAUUCUACAAAUUUGGGAUUAUAACUACAAUAAUGAGAAGAUGGGUGAACUCCAAAGGCUGUUAAUUCAUUCCUCAUCAAAGAUAAACCCGUCUAGUUUAAAAGUUUUAUAGUGUUAGUCAGUGGUUACCAGAUCAUAGACAAUUCAGAAAUGAUGGAAUCAAAUUUGGAAAAUGGAGGGGACCAAAAAAAAAACUAGCUGCCUGUAAAAGAUUAAAGAAGCAAAUAAAUUGAAGGUCAAAGAACUACAUGAGUGGGGUUUUAUAUUUUAUUUCAUGAAUAUUUUCACUUAGAUGAAAAGUAAGUAAGAUUUGUACUUGAUUUGCUGAAAUCUAAGAAAGAAAUGUACAUAUAUAUAUUUAUGAAGAUUUGAAGUUUGAACACCA